AUGCUGGGUGCCACACUCCUGCUACUGGCCCUACUCCCGGACACCUCCACCUUACCCAGUGGGCCACCUGUGCCCCCAUUCCCCGUGGCGCCGGGCCCCUGGCUGCGCAGGCCUCUUUUCCGUCUGGAGCUGUCGGACGCAGAGGACGCCUUCCCACGCCGCGCGGGGCCGCUCGAGGUCCCGGCCGACAGCCGCGUGUUCGUGCAGGCGGCCUUGGCCCGCCCCUCCCCGCGCUGGGGCCUGGCCCUGCACCGCUGCUCAGUGACGCCGUCCUCACGCCUGGCCCCGGGGCCCGCCCUGGCGCUGCUGCGUGGGGGAUGCCCCGCAGACCCCUCGGUCGCCUUCCCGCCGCCGCUCCCCAGCAGCGCUGCCGGCCUCGCGCGCUUCAGCUUCCGCCUGCGCCCUGUCUUCAACGCCUCGGUGCAGUUCCUGCACUGCCAGCUGAGCCGCUGUCGCCGCCUCCGGGGAGCCCUCCGGACUCCAGCGCCUCUGACGCCACCAUCGCGGUGUCUGCCUCAGGAUGAAGCCUGCGCGGGCGCCAGCAGUGACAGUGGCGAGAGCCUGGGUGGCGACAGCUCCCACCUGCACACGCUGACGCAGCCCAUUGUGGUCACCGUGCCACGGCCGCCCCCCCGGCCACCCAAGAGCGUUCCGGGCAGGGCUGUGCGCCCCGAGCCUCCCGCGCCGGCGCCCGUGGCCCUGGAGCCUGCGCCAGUGGUGGCGCUGGUGGUGGCCGCCUUCGUGCUGGGCGCUGCGUUGGCCGCCGGGCUCUGCCUCGUUUGCGCGCACUCAGCGCCCCCGCCCCCCGGGCCGCCCCCGAGAGCCUCGCCCGGCGGCCCCCAGCCCAGGAGGCCCCAGUAAAGCAGGGAUGACGCGCCCCCUGCAAGGUCCGAGAUGCACCCAAACACAGCAUCGGGACCAGGCCCGUCAGGACCCGACGUUCUGCCCUGGACCUCGGACCCGGUGGGACCACGACCUCUGAGCUUCUCCUUUCUCCCCAACCCCCCCACCC